AUGCCUCAGGAAGAGAAAUCGAAACUGUGGCAGAAUUGCCAAGAAGAGAUAAAUAAAGAAUUUCGAGAAAUAAAAAACUAUUACGAUAAACACUGUGCUUCCAAAUUGAACUGCUCCUUUGACACGAUGCUUUCUUUCUCUAAUUGUUUAAACAAAUACGUCACUCUAAGCGCAGACGCGAUUGUUGCAAAUGAGAAAAAGUGGAACGAAAUUUUUUCGCAGGCGGCAGAGGGAUACAAGGGGGGGGCCAAAAUCCCACAAAGUAGUAGCAAACGG